AUGACUUGCUUUUAUAUGGUACCUACAAUUCCAUACUUAAAAGAUCAAAUUGUUGGUCCUGAUCAUCAAAUAAUUUCAUGUAAUCAUAUUGAAGUGUUGGAUGCAUGGUUAAAUGAUUGGUGUAAAAGAGUCUAUAGAAUUUUAAGCUUAUGUCAAUAUCAAUAUAUUCUUAACUUGGUUAGAAAAACGAAAAGAAAAUCAAUGCAACCAAAUAAGAUAGUAGCUGAUGAUAAAAAUAUUAAGGAAGAUACAACUAAUAAUGUUAAAAUAGUUGUAUUUGACUAA